GACUUAGCUGUGCAACAACGGAAGCCUAAGAAUCUCGCGUGAAAUCUCGCGAGACUCGCCGCGUUGUUUUCGCCCCUUCCGGCCACGCCCCCGCUCGAGUUAUCGCGAGAUUUGUUCACGGUUGCCCGUGGCAACGCAUCGACGCCUGGGGCCUAGUCCUUUGCAAUCUGCAGCCUUUGUGCGUCACUUUGAUUGCAUUAAUUUGGUGUCUGUGAGCUUCUUUAACUUUGCCCCCCCUCGUUUAAAAUAAUGCCUCCCAAGAAGAAGAAGAAGGGCAAGGGGGGAAAGGGCAAGAAGAAUACGGAGAAGGCAUCAGAUCCCACCGAGGAGAAGUUUGAACGUUCGCGACGGGAGGUGGAGAUUUUGAAAGACCGCCUGGCAUUGCAGAGGGAGGGUUGUAGGAGAGCAGAGUUUGGGAGGGAGACGUGGAGAGGCAAAGCGUCGCAAUUGGAGACGGAACUGGAGGAGAAGAAAGAGGAAGAGAAUGCCGUCAGUUCUGAGCUCACGCGUCAGUACAAGACGAUGCACGGCGACCUGUCUCUACGCGUGCGGCAGCUGGAGUCGGACGUGCAGUACCUGCGGAGCCAGCUGGAGGAGAGUCAACGCAGUGUGAGGGAGGAGCGCGCGGAGAGAGAGAAACUCUCCCGGGAGAAGCUACUGCUGCAGACGGAGCUCCAGGACAAAAUGGAACUCAUGGAGGAGGAGUACGAGAGAGCUUUCCACGCGGCGCUGGACGCCCUCGUGUCUCGCCUGGACACGGCGAAGGCCGCGUGGGAACCCCGCGUGGCGCUGCUGCACGCCAAGCACAAGCGCACGCUGCAGCAGCACGGCCUGGCGCCCCUCUCCCUGUAGCCACCACGCAAACCACAGCUCCACCUGUAGGCCACCACUCCACCACAGCUCCACCUGUAGGCACCACUCCACCACAGCUCCAUCUGUAGGCCACCACUCCACCACAGCUCCACCUGUAGGCACCACUCCACCACAGCUCCACCUGUAGGCCACCACUCCACCACAGCUCCACCUGUAGGCCACCACUCCACCACAGCUCCACCUGUAGGCCACCACUCCACCACAGCUCCACCUGUAGCCACCACGCAAACCACAGCUCCACCUGUAGGCCACCACUCCACCACAGCUCCACCUGUAGGCACCACUCCACCACAGCUCCCCCUGUAGGCACCACUCCACCACAGCUCCCCCUGUAGGUACCGCUCCACCACAGCUCCACCUGUAGGCACCACUCCACCACAGCUCCACCUGUAGGCACCACUCCACCACAGCUCCCCCUGUAGGUACCACACCGCCACAGCUCCCCCUGUAGGCACCACUCCACCACAGCUCUCCCCAUAACCCAGCCGUGUGUGUGUGUGUGCGCCGAGGUCGCGUCUCUGCACGACGAUGGGUGCCCGCCGCUCCUUCACUCGUCGUGGGAUUCGCUUCCGUCGGACGUUCGCUCCCCCGCCGACUCCCUCGGUUCAUUCAAAUCCCAGCUCAUAGACGCAGUUUAUUUUUCAGGGCUUUUUAUAUUUCUAUGGGGCGUCACGGUGGCUUUAAAAAAAAUGUUAAUUACCUCGCCUGGUAUGCAGGAGGUCGUGGGUUCAAUCCCGACCCUGACGCCCGCUGUGUUUGCGGAGUUUGCGGUGUCUCUCUCUCUCUCA